GAGCUAGGGCAGCCAGAGGACCAGUCGGCCGCUCCUGCAUCGCGCUGGGAGCCGGAGAGCAUCUUCAGCGCCGCGCCCGCCGACGGCGACCCCCGCGCGCCUCGCCUCGCCGCCGCCGCCCCUCCGCCGGCCGCCAUGGCCGAGAUCGCCAGCGUCCGCCCCAGCUUCGAUGUCUCCCCCAUUGUGGCUGGUCUCAUUGGUGCCACGGUCCUGGUGGUGUCGGUCUCCGUGACGGUGUUCGUGUGGACCUGUUGCCACCAGCAGUUGGAGAAGAAGCAGAAGGCCCCUCCUUACAAGUUCAUCCACAUGCUGAAAGGUAUCAGCAUCUACCCAGAGACGCUGAGUAACAAGAAAAAAAUCAUGCGGAUCCGGCGAGACAAGAAGGGUGUGGCCCAGAAGGACGGGAACGGUCACCUUCUGGUGGAUGCGGCUGAAGCCGGGUUGGUGGGCUCUGACAAAGCCUCCAACGGCCUAAACACAACUUCAUGCAUCAACCAGCUGCCCAUCAAAGUAGAAUAUGGAGAAGAGCUGAGUCCCAAUCAAAGCUUGACCCCAGCAGGCAGCAAGACUUCCUCGCUGUCCUCUCCAGAAGAGGAGAUCACGCUAGGAACAUUGACCUUCUCUGUGGAUUACAACUUCCUCAAAAAAGCUCUCGUGGUGACUAUCCAAGAAGCCCACGGGUUGCCGGUGAUGGACGAGCACAAUCAGGGGUCGGAUCCCUACAUCAAGAUGACCAUCCUGCCGGACAAGAGGCACCGAGUGAAGACGCGUGUUCUCCGGAAGACCUUGGACCCCGUCUUCGAUGAGACCUUCACCUUUUACGGCAUCCCGUACAGCCAGCUUCAAGAUCUGGUCCUUCACUUCCUCGUGCUAAGCUUCGACCGCUUUUCUCGAGAUGAUGUCAUCGGAGAGGUGAUGGUGCCGCUCGCAGGGGUGGACCCGAGCACCGGGAAAGUCCAUCUAACCAGAGAGAUCAUCAAGAGGAACAUACAGAAAUGUGUCAGCAGAGGGGAGCUACAGGUGUCCUUGUCCUAUCAGCCUGUCACUCAGAGGAUGACCGUCAUGGUGCUGAAGGCAAGGCAGCUGCCCAAGAUGGACAUCACUGGCCUCUCAGAUCCCUACAUCAAGGUGAACAUCUACUACGGCAGGAAGCGCAUUGCCAAAAAGAAAACCCACGUGAAGAAAUGCACUUUGAACCCCAUCUUCAACGAGUCGUUCGUUUACGACAUCCCCGUGGAUCUCCUCCCCGACGUCAGCAUUGAGUUCCUGGUCAUCGACUUUGACCGCACCACGAAAAAUGAGGUGGUGGGGCGGCUGAUCCUGGGGGCGCACAGUGUCACAGCGGGCGGAGUGGAACACUGGCGGGAGGUGCGCGAGAGCCCCAGGAAGCAGAUCGCAAAGUGGCACAGCUUGAGUGAAUAUUAGCAGGGUAUAUGGAGGGCGCUGGGUGUUGACUCACACCUGUGCACGUAAGAGACUCUUGACUCCCCCCCCGUCCCUUCUGUUUUAGUCGUAGAACUAAAAGUUUCCAUAAGAAGCAGCUGACUGGUUCUCUGUUGUGACAUUUAACAUUUACAGGGCGCGCGCACCAAGUUUCUACAAACGGAGCUACAGAAAGGGGGGGGAAAGAGUGCAUUAAUUUUAACAAUACCACACAGCAUAUAUAAGAACAGUUGUAAUUGCGCUAUUGCAUGCCGAAUACAGACGUUUAAAAGGGGGGGGGAAAGGGGGAAAAAACCACAAAAAAAUUAGUAUAACUUACCAAUAUCGAGAUGCAGUUUUUAACGCAGUUUAUCUGUCACUAUGGAAGUUGUGUUUUGUGCUGAACUGUCUUUGCAGGUAUUCACAACUGGUUCUAUUCAGCUUCUCUUCCUGACUUUGGGUCCCCCCCCCUUUUUUAAAAAACAAAACACAAAAAUUCUGGUGUCGACCUGCUGGCUCUUUGCUUGCCCUGUCUCGGUUUAAGCCUUUGCCGUUCCGUACGAUUUGGACGGAUUAACUACGCUUGUACAUAUACGCAGUGGUUCAGGCAUUUGUCUAAGGGCAGAAGAAAACCCUUCCUGAAGUGGGUGUAAAAUGCCUGAAUGGCACUUGCUGCUUAAAAUCGUUUCCUGUAAAAUAAAUAAUGGGAUUAACCCAGCAGUGCACAUGGCCCACACGCCGUUCAAAAUCUUUGCCUCGGGUAGGAAAAUGUCUGUGGCCAGAAACCUCCCCACCCUCUUUUAUGGCUGAACACGGUUCAAUUUAAGAAGUCUUUUUUUAAUUUGCACUCGGAGCAAAAGGUGUGAUUUUUAAAGCCUGGAAGAGUCGUCAAGGAAAUGUGCUCAGGGUAAAUAGUUUUAGGGGUAUUUCAGGGGUACGGAACCUGCCAGGGAUGGCUGGCCUCUGGUGUCUCUGCACACCUGCUGGCAUGUCAAAUAGACAAGGCUGAUGGGACUUGUAAUCCAGCCAUCGGAGGACCCUUGGUUCCCCGCUUCUAGCUUUUCAGGCAUAUGGAAACCGUUCUAUUCCUCCACAGGAGUAAUGGGAAAAUGAAGGCGUUCAGAUGAUUUUUUUUUUUUUUUAAACCACCACCAUCACCAUACACGGGAAUACUUUUGUGAAAGUUGCUUCACCAUCAAAUUUCCCAGCUGUGAAUCACUUUUUGGUUGUUGUCGCGUUCCUCUUCUCUUUUUCCUUCCACCUCGUGUCUGUUGUAAAAAUUAAAACAAAGCUAAACUCUGAGAAGUUACGAUUUUUUGUGUCAAAACAAAAAACAAGGAAAAAAAACUUUAAGGGAAAAAAAAAAUAACUUGAACCAUGUACAACUGCGUAAUGCUGUUAUACUAACCAAACAAAACUGUAAUGCUAUCUGUAACGUCAACAUUGUUUUAAUGCACACCCAGACAUUCAAAUAAAGAUGGAGUCACUUUA